AUGGAAUUGUGCUCCAGCCUGAAGUCCGUGCGCCUUCGUAAAUGGGACCGGCCUCACUUUGGGCUUCACAUGGGGCAAGUUGCUCCCCAUCAUCAACGGGUGAGGUUGGGACUAGCACGAAAGGCUCUUGGGAUCGCACUCCUUUCCUAUUCGCUUUGGCACCCAAAGCGCCCGUCGCAGCGCUUGGUGUGUCGGCCGGCGGUGGUUGAAGAUGAUGAACACGCCAUGGCGGUUCAAGCGUGGCUGCAGACCAUUAUCAUCAAGAUCGGCCUAUGCCCUUGGGCCAAAACAGCCGACGAGGCUGGUGGCAUCCGCGUGGUCACCAGCUUGGCUUCCUCUCCUGAAGAUGCACUCUUGGACUUGAAAGCGGAAGCGGCAAAGCUCAAAGGUUCACUGGCUGCAUUACCGCAGGGAUGCCCUACCACAACCCUUCUGGUUUGCCCAAUGGUUGGAGAGUGGGAAGAGUUUGCAAGAUUCAGUGUCUUCCGCGAAGAAGAACUUCUGAAUGGUGACGCGCUAACUGACGAGUUCCAAUGCAAGGUUGUUUGCUUUCAUCCUCACCAGCAAGCUUCUAAUAGCUACGGGCUGAACCCGGGCGAUGAGAUCCUUGUGGCACAGAACGGUGAGCAGUUCUCCGCCAACGUACUGGAGAUCAGCGGCAGCACGCCAAGAGAUAUCAAGGUGCAGUUGUUUGGCAGAGUCAGACAAGGCGAAACUGAUGCUGAGAUGGUCAUUGAGCCAUUCCUCGACAGCGAAGAUCACAUCGAAACCAUCCCUGAAGUGGACGUGUUGCAACUAAUUGGCCGUGAUGCCCUUCAAGAUGAGGAAGGAAGCCGCAGCAUCCUGGGGCGAGCGCCUCGAGUGGUUCUGCACCUGCUGCGGUGUAAAGACCUGGAGGCAAUAGAUGACAAGAAGGCCUUUGAGACUCUGGAGCGGAACGAAGAGGUCGUGGAGGAGCUUGGCCUCGAAGGCUUUGAUGAGUUGCUUGAAAGAUGUGGUUGA